AUGGAGGAGCCCGGUGUCUUGCGAGUGCGGCACGAGUGCCUCAACGAUAUCUUCUGCUUCUCUCUGCCACUACUUUGUCCUGCUUGCGGCGAGGCUUUAGCGGGAAGACGCCUGCACCAGGCUCCGGUCAGCCUCCCCGAUCCGCUCGGCGAUGGACACAAAACGCCCUGCUGCCUCCUAGUCGCGCCUGUUGACCGCCACGCCGGCGGAGACUUUGAUGGGACAUCGGAACUUCACACUGGAAUCUCCAACACUUCAGGCAUGGUGUACAACUACACAGAGAGGGGCGUAGUGCAAGACCGGCACGGCUGGGACCGCUGCCUGAGCGUCCCUCUGGUCAGACCUGACAUGUUCCACCUCCUGGCCCAGUGGGACCGGUACCUGGAGCAGUUCUCACGUGGACCCAUGUGGGACCCAACCUGUCGCAGUUUCUGCGAGGACUCUCACAACUGUCUGACGUUCUGUGUGGCGUUCAUCAACGGUGUGCUGGCGGCGGAGGGUCACGGCAGAGCCAGCUUGAGCAGAGACGACUUGACGCGCGAUGUCAUCGCUCCCGCCGUGAGCAGAGCGUGCAAGUAUGCAGCGCUUCGCAGACACCUGCAACAACAUCAGUUCUAUGUGAUGGACAUGCCUGCAGGGCCAUCGGGACCCCAGCCUGAUCACCUUCCUUAA